AGGCCAGUGGAUGCAUCUGAACUGAGCUGAUCUAAAAGACACACAUUCAGCACAAUGGUUUAUUUUGUAGGGUUGGUUGGCUUGCUUCUCAUCUUGACUGCUGAAGCCAGAGUUGGGAUCUCCUCUGAGUCUAGCUUCUGCACCGAGUCAAGGGAAUGUCUGCUGUAUGAUCUGGUGUGCAAGAAUGACGAUUAUGAGGUGCGCCACUAUGACUCGGUGAAAUGGGUGUCGACAGACGAGGAAAGCUACUUCAUGGACAAGGCCACUUACACUGCCUUCCGGAGACUCUUCAAAUACAUCACCGGAUCCAACGAGGCUGGCGUCAACAUUGACAUGACAACUCCGGUGACUGUCAAAAUUGAGGAGAAGAAGAGGUUGUGGCAGUCGUCUGUCUUCACCCUCAACUUCCUCCUGCCGUCUGACUAUCAGUUGGCUCCUCCCCAACCCACUGAUGGCAGUGUGUAUUUUACAGAGACGCCAGACAUGAAAGUGUACGUGAGGAGCUACGGUGGAUGGAUGAUGUCUUUGACAUCCAGUGUAAACUCUAUGCUGCUGAAAAGGCAGCUAGACAACGUCCAGGCCACCUACAACAAAGACUACCACUAUGCUGUGGGAUAUGACAGCCCAAUGAAGAUUCUGAAUAGGCACAACGAGGUGUGGUACAUGGUUGAGGGAGAGCCUGUGUGCCCUACCUCCUCCUAAACAUCCUCCUCCAUUACUGCUGAGUCUGGCAUAACCACUUUGAGGAGGACCAAUGGGAGGUGCAUGGUAGACUGAGAACAUCUGAGAAAAUGUGGUUUGGGGGCAAAAAAUAUAUUAACUAAGACAUGUGUCUCUGAUCUGGUGGCACUAUAAUCCAAAAUCAAUAUGCCACAUACUAUAGAGUGUAUACAUAUGUCUUAGAAUGUGCUCAUUCUUAUUCAGUGUUCAGUUUGUUAGGAAGGUGCCUUGCCCACCCCCCCCCCCAGCCCCAUAAUUCGAACUCUGUACGUAUUGACAUGUUCUAACAAUGUGGGGUGAAUGUAGAUGUAGACAGGGAUACAUUUGUACUAAAGUCUGUUUAUGAAAAGUAACUUCCCUUUUGACAAACUACUACAUUCAAUGUUGAACAUGAUUUGGAUCUUUUGUCUGUGUUGAGUUUGUUCCCUUAAAUAUAUGCCAAACAAAUCCUCUCCAGCUCUUUGGUAAAACUUGAGUGGUGGUGAAUACAGUAGGAUUAUAAUGAACAUAAAAUCUUGGGUCAUUGUGUCAGAAACCAUAUUUGUUACAUAGUCUGUCCAUGAGAGACUAUGAUGAACAUUACAAAUGAAUUUUUUUCCAGUCACUCCUUUCACAAAUACAGUGAAGUCAUAUUUGAAAGCC